CGGGCCUGGGACUGGCUGAACAUCCUGGAGCAGAAUUACCUACCUAUUCUUACCGGUUCCUGAACAUACAUAUUCAUCCAAUUGUACCUCGCCAUCACCACCUAAAGUUAUCCCAUUAGCCCAUUGUCCAAUUGACUUGGACCCCGCCAACGUCUCCCAUCUGUCUCUACUUACUUACCUGCUGAACCAUCGCUUGCCUGUGUCUUCCUAGUCCCUUCAUCACUGUUUGUUACCGCGAGGUAGAUUGGAAUCAAAGAGGACAUCAUGUCGUCUUCACCACCACCACCAAACAACGACUCCUCGUCCUCGUCGUCUUCCAAUGGCAGCGAUGCUACCAAGCCCAUCAACAAGGCCUUCGCCAAAGUAGACCUCGACGGCCAUAAUCUCCCUCCCUCGCCCGCUCCUUCGAGCCCCUCGGCCGGUCGGCGCCGAUAUGCCCUUGCCACUGAGCUUGUGUACACCGACUCCAAGGAUCAAUAUGGCGCCUCGAGCAUCCCCAUCUAUCAGUCCGCUACAUUCAAGCAAACCUCCUCCGCAGGCGGAAAUGAAUACGACUACACACGGUCCGGCAACCCUACCCGCACCCAUUUAGAACGCCACAUGGCCAAGAUCAUGAAUGCCACCCGCGCCCUAGCUGUAGGGUCCGGCAUGGGUGCCCUCGAUGUUAUCACUAGACUCCUUCGUCCCGGAGACGAGGUUAUCACGGGUGAUGAUCUCUAUGGCGGUACCAACCGGCUACUGACGUACUUAUCAUCCAACCAAGGGAUCGUUGUGCGCCAUGUGGACACUACUGUUGUGGAAAGAGUAAAAGAAGUCAUAUCAGACAAAACCGCCAUGGUGCUGCUUGAGACCCCAACCAACCCACUGAUCAAGAUCAUCGACCUGCCUGCUAUUGCCAAAUUCGUUCACGAAGCGAACCCCAAGGCCCUUGUUGUGGUCGACAACACUAUGCUAUCGCCCAUGCUCUGCAAUCCUCUCGAGCUAGGCGCAGACAUCGUCUAUGAGUCAGGCACCAAGUAUCUGUCGGGGCACCACGACAUUAUGGCGGGCAUUAUCGCUUGUAACGACCCUGCCAUUGGUGAUAAGAUGUACUUUACUAUCAAUUCGACUGGUUGUGGUCUCUCACCUAACGACUCGUUCCUCCUCAUGAGGGGAGUCAAGACACUAGCUAUUCGUAUGGAGAAGCAACAAGCAAAUGCUCAGAUGAUAGCUGAGUUCCUCGAGUCACAUGGAUUCCGCGUCCGUUAUCCUGGUCUCAAGUCACACCCACAGUAUGAUCUCCACUGGUCAAUCGCCCGGGGCGCCGGAGCUGUCCUAUCCUUUGAAACUGGAGAUAUAGCUCUGUCGGAGCGGAUUGUUGAAGCUGCCAAAUUGUACGCAAUCAGCGUCAGCUUCGGGUGUGUCAACAGUCUUAUCAGCAUGCCAUGUCGCAUGAGCCACGCCAGUAUCGAUGCGAAGACCAGGGCUGAGCGGCAGAUGCCCGAAGACUUGAUUAGACUUUGCAUCGGCAUUGAAGAUGCCCAGGAUUUAAUUGAUGAUCUGUCUCGUUCGGUGAGUAGAGUAACAUCCGCAAACAUCAUUGCACGACCAUGACUAACACCCACAAAGCUCGUACAAGCUGGUGCUGUAACCAUUACCCUCGAC